AUGUCUGAUUCACCCAAAUUAAUCUUCGUGACGGGCGCCUCUGGAUUCCUCGCCUCACAUGUUAUCCACGAACUAACCAAACAAGGAUAUCGAGUCCGAGCUUCUGCCAGGAAAAAUAAGGUGGAACCUCUGCGAGAGCUCUACAAAUCUGUGCCCUCCAUCGAAAUCGUUGAAAUAGCCGAUAUCGCCCAUGGUGAAUUUGAAGAACUACUCCAAGGAGUGGAUGCAGUCAUACACACUGCCUCUCCUCUUCCGGGACGGCAGGACGUCGAUUCCAUGUUGAAGAGUGCCAUUGACGGGUCUCUGAAUGUGCUGAAGCAGGCAGAGAAAGUGGGGAUCAAGAAAUUCGUUGUCACAGGCUCAACAAUAUCGGUGCGAGAUGAUCCUAGAACCGUUGGUGUGUCAUUCCGGGCGGACCACUGGAACCCUGUCACCAAAGAGCAAGCAAAAUCCGGCAAUAAAAGUGUUAUAUACGCAGUAGCCAAAAAAUACGCAGAGCUUGCAAUUUGGGAAUGGGCAGAGGCGAACCCACACGUCGAUGUCACGACAAUCAAUCCGCCAUUCCUCUAUGGUCCAUUCGCGCCCCUUCACCUUCCAGUCGCCCCAGGAGAUUUCUCUGCCUUAUCUUCUGAUAUAAUGGUAUACAGCCUCCUUAUCCCCACGGGGGUUUACCCGCCUGGCCCAGGGUAUGCAGACUUCAGAGACGUAGCUAAAGCGCACGUCGGUGCACUACGGACCCCGCCAACAGUGGAAGGCAGAAAGCGUAUCAUCUUCUCUACGCCAGACGGACUUGAUUUUAACACCGUGUUCGCCACGCUCAAGAAAGCCAGACCAGAGUUAGAGGGUCGUUUAAUCAACCAACCACCACCCGUAUAUCCCUUCGAUAGAUACGACAUUGAUUUUGACCGUGUUGAAGAAGUGACAGGGAUGAAGAAAUCGGAUUUUCAUACGACGGAAGAGACCUUCGUGGAUACCGUCAAUGAUAUUCUCGACUUGGAGAAGGUGUGGAUUGAAAAUGGAUACGUGAUCCCGAAAACGUUGCCUUCGAUACUGUAG